UUAGCAUUACGUCAUAAUACACACUGGAAGCCCUCUCUAUUUCCCGAAAGCGAGCGACCCUUGCUUAACAUCGCCGGCGCCAAUCUUUCCCCCAGACUAGAACAUCCCGACAAAAGAGCCCAUUCCAUCCUACUUCAUUGUCACGCACAGCGCAGGCAGUCUGCGAAAAAAAAAAAAAAAAAAAGCCAGUUGCUUAAUUACAAGUUCUGCCUGGAGUAGGAGACCGUCCACUUGGAUGGUCCUCUAAAACACCAGAUGCAUGAACCGAUUGCUGUUUGAGCGGUCGAUUGGAAACAUCGACCAGAAACAUUUCGCCAGGCUACACACCAAAAAGCUCCUCUACUCCUUCCAGGCAGCGCCGCAUCACCGCUUCGAUGGAGGCGAGCAGGGAGUAGCAGUCUACGACGGCGCCGCCCCUCGCGAUGGGGCCGCCAUCGACCAACGGCGCUCCAUCUGGGCUCACCAACCUGGAGUCAAUGCCUUGGCCCUUGAGCGCUUCGAUGGCCGUCUCCUCGCCUCAGGCGGUUCCGACGGCACCAUCCGCCUGUGGAACCUCGAACAGUGCGCCAACCCUCACAAAGCCCAUACCUACAGGCCCCUCGCCCAGAUCACCAGGGCGAGCGGCGGCCGAGCCACUUCCAGACCAGGCGCGCCCACCCAAGCCCAAAACCUCCAGCAUCACCGCUUCGGCGUGACGCACUUGUCCUUCUACCCCUUCGACGCCAACGCCUUCUUCUCGUCCUCAUAUGACGAAACCCUCAAGGUCUGGGCGACCGAGGGCGCCAGGCUUUCGGGCUCGUUCUCGCUCGAGGCCAAGGUCUACUCUCACGCCGCUUCGCCCAUCGCGUCCCAUCUGCUCAUCGCCUGCGCCACGCAAAACCCAGCAGUCCGGCUUGUUGACCUGCGAUCCGGCGCUGCGGUCCAGAGUCUCAUGGCUGGCGGCCAGGUCGGUGCAGGUACCGGCGCGGUCCUCUCGGUUGCAUGGUCGCCGGUCCAUGAGCACAUUCUGGCCAGCGGUUCCGUUGAUGGUACCGUGCGGAUAUGGGACGUGAGGCGUUCGAGCGCGCUCGUCGCUCUCCUCGAUCAGGAGGACAGCCUGGGCAUCAUACGCCGGCGACCGGAGCAGCUGAGAGGGCCACCGCCGGCCGUCAACGACUUCCAGGCCCGCGGCAUCCGCGCCUCGGCCAGAGCCCACGCCGGGCCAGUGAAUGGGCUGACGUGGACGGACGACGGCGACUACAUCAUCAGCGCGGGGCACGACAGGAAGAUCCGCGUGUGGAACGCGGCGUCGGGCGCCAACACGCUGGUCAACUUUGGGCCGACGAUACGCAACGGUGGCCUGCUGAGCAUGAACAUGUUUGCGUCCCCCACGGGGCUGAUGGCAGGAGGCGCAGGCCGCGAGCUCCUCUUCUGGCCCAACGAGAACGAGAUCCUGGUACUGGACCUACACGAGGGCACCGUGGUCAGACGUCUCAGGGCCGGCGCCAUGGUGGGAGGCGUCGCGGGCGUCAGGGGAGCAGGUCCCGUGGGUGAGCGUGCGGUCAGGAACCGUGUCACUUCGCUGGUCUGGAGAGGGGCGGGCGGGUUUGGAGGCUCGUCAGGCGCCGUCAUGGGAGGUCGCAACGCAGCUGGCGGAAUAUACAGCGGGCACUCGGAUGGGCUCAUCCGCGUCUGGAUGCCGGAGCUGGAUGGAGGGGAUCCGAUUGCUGAGUUUGGUGACGUUCCGGAAGACGACGGCGAGGAGGGUAGGGAUAUGGCUGAGCAGGGCAGGAAGAGGAAGGCCGUCAACCAAGCUUUUAGGAAUCUCAUGGGCCAGCUGGACUAGAUUAGGCGAGCAAAUUUAUUGCAGGCUUGAUUUAGGCAAUUUUGAUUUACGGUGCAUAUUCGGGCCCUAUAACGAUAACCCAGACUGCUAGCAGUACUCAUCUCUUAUCCUGUCCUCCUUGAUGGUAUGCUUUAGACACGGGAGAGACCCCCAACCGUUCGCCCUUCGGAAUGUUUGCUCUGCCGCGAACCACCCAGGCCCCUUGGUCUCUUCACUCAAUACACCUCCACAUGCCCA